AUGUCGCGCUUUUUGAAACCCGUCGAUUAUAGUGAUGAUGAUGAGUCUCGACUAGUUAGAGCAAAACCAAUUGAUCCAAAGUUUGCUCGCAAAUUGGGCAAUUAUGCUGCUGGCAAAGAUUUUAUUACUGGAAGUUUGAAAUCGCAACAGGAACUGAGAGAAAGUAAUAUAGUUGUGGAAAACGAUCCAAAUGCAAGGGAAAUAAUGGAUGAAAAAACUAAAUUAGAACAAUGUAACAAACUUGGUGCAAAAAUAUUGAAAGCGAAGCUGCAAGGAAAAAUAGCUUUGGUAGAAAAAUUAGAGAACGAGUUGCAUGCACUAAAAGGAGAUGGACAAGGCCUAUCUUCGACUUGCAAAAUAUUGCUUACAACUGAUGGAGGUGAUGUGCGCAUGCCUGCUACUGUGAAGCACGAAACAAAGAAUUUAAAAAGUCGUGGAAAAAUCGACGCAAUUUAUCAUGCUGACAAAAGUAUUCGCGAUAUGAUAGCUGAUGAGAAAGAGACAACAUCUGCUGAUCAUAUUUUUAGCGCUGUUAAGGCUGCAGCGAAACAUCGAACGGAUGAUGAUUGGGUGGUUGAUGAUGCAAUGAUGAGCGUGAAACGAUCACGGAUGAGAGAAGAGAAAGAGAAGAGGAAAAAUCGAGACAGUCUAAUAAAAGGAUUUACGAAUAUUACCGUAGAAAUUCAAUAG